AUGAAGCUGGGUGCGGUUUCCCUGGCUUUUGGCCUUGCCACCUUGGUUAGAGGUCAAAACGUUGGAGCAGACGGCAUCACGACUGUGCUCACAGCGACUUGUACAGCUACUGGUACCCAAACAUAUGCAUUCGUUGAUACCGCCGGUUCUACCUACCAGUACAUGUGUGGUGGUGGGUCAGGAGGCACCGCUAUUACCACGAUCCCAUCUGCCAGCGUGACUGGUGGUUGGCAGGCCUGCUUCUCAUUCUGUGACGCCGCCAGCGGUUGCUCAGGUUUCUCAUAUGUGAGUCGAAAGACUAUGGAUAUACUAUGGCGACUAACAGAAACCAAGGAGCGGCCUAUGGUAAUGGACCUGGCCAAUGCAUUCUAA